CGGCCGCCGCGGGCCAUGGCCAACGUGUCCAAGAAGGUGUCGUGGUCCGGCCGCGACCUGGACGACGACGAGGCGGCGCCGCUGCUGCGGAGGACGGCGCGGCCCGGGGCGCCGGCCGGCGAGAGCGCGCCGCUGCUGAACGGGGCCGGGCCGGCGGCCGCCCGCCAGUCACCACGGUCAGCAUUGUUCCGGAUCGGACAGAUGAGCAACGUGGAGCUGGACGAUGAGUUGCUCGACCCGGAGAUGGACCCCCCUCAUCCCUUCCCCAAGGAGAUCCCGCACAACGAGAAGCUCCUGUCCCUCAAGUACGAGAGCUUGGACUACGACAACAGUGAGAAUCAGCUGUUCCUGGAGGAGGAGAGGCGCAUCAACCACACAGCCUUCCGGACGGUGGAGAUGAAGCGCUGGGUCAUCUGUGCCAUGAUCGGGAUCCUCACAGGCCUCGUGGCCUGCUUCAUCGACAUCGUGGUGGAGAACGUGGCCGGCCUGAAGUACAAGAUCGUCAAGGACAAUAUCGACAAGUUCACGGAAAGGGGUGGGCUCUCCUUCUCCCUUUUGCUGUGGGCCACGCUGAACUCUGCGUUCGUGCUCGUGGGCUCUGCGAUCGUCGCCUUUGUGGAGCCGGUCGCCGCUGGCAGCGGGAUCCCACAGAUCAAGUGCUUCCUCAACGGGGUGAAGAUCCCCCAUGUGGUUCGGCUCAAGACCCUCGUCAUCAAAGUGUCCGGCGUGAUCCUGUCCGUGGUGGGCGGAUUGGCAGUGGGGAAGGAGGGGCCGAUGAUUCACUCGGGCUCCGUGAUCGCCGCCGGCAUUUCCCAGGGGAGGUCAACGUCACUGAAGCGGGAUUUUAAGAUCUUCGAGUACUUCCGCAGAGACACAGAGAAGCGGGACUUUGUUUCUGCAGGAGCUGCGGCCGGCGUUUCUGCGGCGUUUGGAGCCCCCGUGGGUGGAGUCUUGUUCAGCUUGGAGGAGGGCGCCUCCUUCUGGAACCAGUUCUUGACAUGGAGAAUAUUCUUUGCUUCCAUGAUUUCCACGUUCACUCUGAAUUUUGUCCUGAGCAUUUACCAUGGAAACAUAUGGGAUCUGUCCAGCCCAGGGCUCAUCAAUUUUGGAAGAUUUGAUACAGAGACAAUGGUGUAUACAAUCCACGAGAUUCCCAUCUUCAUCGCCAUGGGCGUGGUGGGUGGGAUCCUUGGCGCCGUGUUCAAUGCCUUGAACUACUGGCUGACAAUGUUUCGAAUCAGAUACAUCCACCGGCCCUGCCUCCAGGUGAUUGAGGCCAUGCUGGUGGCUGCGGUCACGGCCACAGUCGCCUUCGUGCUGAUUUACUCAUCUCGGGACUGCCAGCCCCUGCAGGGGAGCUCCGUGUCCUAUCCCCUCCAGCUCUUCUGUGCAGAUGGCGAGUACAACUCCAUGGCUGCAGCCUUCUUCAACACCCCAGAGAAGAGCGUGGUCAGCCUUUUCCACGACCCCCCAGGCUCCUACAACCCCAUGACGCUUGGCCUCUUCACCCUGGUCUACUUCUUCCUGGCCUGCUGGACCUACGGGCUGACCGUGUCCGCCGGUGUCUUCAUCCCAUCCCUGCUCAUCGGGGCCGCCUGGGGCCGGCUCUUCGGCAUUUCCCUGUCCUAUCUCACAGGGGCCGCGAUCUGGGCAGACCCUGGCAAAUACGCUCUGAUGGGAGCAGCUGCCCAACUAGGUGGGAUCGUGAGGAUGACCCUCAGCCUGACGGUCAUCAUGAUGGAGGCCACCAGCAACGUGACCUACGGCUUCCCCAUCAUGCUUGUCCUGAUGACUGCUAAGAUCGUGGGGGACAUCUUCAUCGAGGGCCUGUACGACAUGCACAUCCAGCUGCAGAGUGUGCCCUUCCUGCACUGGGAGGCCCCCGUCACCUCUCACUCACUCACUGCCAGGGAGGUGAUGAGCACACCGGUCACCUGCCUGCGGAGGAGGGAGAAAGUGGGCGUCAUCGUGGACAUACUCAGCGACACCACGUCCAAUCACAAUGGGUUCCCGGUGGUGGAAUUAGCUGGUGACACACAGCCGGCCCGGCUCCAGGGCUUGAUCCUGCGCUCCCAGCUGAUCGUCCUCCUGAAGCACAAGGUGUUUGUGGAGCGCUCCAGCAUGGGCCUGGUGCGGCGGCGGCUGAGGCUGAAGGACUUCCGGGACGCCUACCCACGCUUCCCGCCCAUCCAGUCCAUCCACGUGUCGCAGGACGAGCGGGAGUGCACCAUGGACCUGUCUGAGUUCAUGAACCCCUCCCCGUACACGGUGCCCCAGGACGCGUCCCUGCCACGGGUGUUCAAGCUGUUUCGGGCCCUGGGCCUCAGGCAUCUGGUGGUGGUGGACAACUGCAACCAGGUGGUUGGACUGGUGACCAGGAAGGAUCUAGCCAGGUACCGGCUCGGGAAGGGGGGCCUGGAGGAGCUCUCCCUGGCCCAGACGUGAGGCCCCGGCCCCUCCCUGGGGCCCCCACCUCACUCCCCGGGGCAGCAGGAUCCAGCGUCCGCCCCCCUCAGCGCCCGGGACCUGUGUGUGUCUGUGUGUGUGUGAGGCCACGUGCGAGCCGGCCCCCAGGGCGGGGCCCCUUGCUGCCUCUGCGCCAUCUGCCCCCCUGUGGGCUGGCCCAGGAGGACCCUACGGCCUGUGCUGCAGCAGCCAGGGCCUCAGUGACAUGCAGCUGCUACAGAGGCCUGGAGGUGACACACGGCGAGGCCCUCCAGAGUCUUGGCCAGAGAGAGACUUGAGGACCAUAUGUGACCUGAACAUCCCCAUCACCCUGAGCUCUUGGGGGCCACAGUGCAGACCUAGCAGCUGUGGGUGGCGUGCAUGGCACUGAGAGACUGGCUCUCCUGAGCACAUGGGGGCUCCCCCUGGCCUCUGAGGACCCCUGGCCCAGGCCACCUUCCGUGGCAGCUCUGGUUCUGGUCCUGGGGCAGGCGGGCUCUGGGAUGGGCUGGUGAGCCUGAGCAGUGAUACUGUUCCCCUCCCUGGCCAGGUGGGGCUGGAUCUGGUGUCCUGUGUCCCCAGGGCCCCAGGGGACCUUUUCUGGAGGUGAUUCCUGGCCAACUCAGACAAGGCUACUUGGGUGCUAUUAUGGCAGCCCGGGGGUCGGGGGCAGUUCACCUUGGUUUGGGCCUCUUUCAAGGGAGGGGGGCCACAAGCCUUCCCUUCUUGGCAGGAGCCCUCUGGGGGAUGCAGGGAAAUGAGCAUGGCGGGGCUCUGGAAGAAAGAAAUAAAGGAAUCAUACCCUGAUGGCCAGCGCCGGCUCCCUGGUUCCUGCCCAGCACUGGCCACGGGCCAGCAGUCAGGGGUUUGCAGGGCCACCGAGCAGGGGGCAUCUGGGACAGGGCUGCCUUGACCCCACUGGACGGAGACAAAGGCAAGAGGCCCAGAGACCCAUGCGAGGAAGCAGUUGUGGCCGACGCACGCCUGUGGGACAUGCUGGCACUGGUCCCUGGGCAGCUGUAGGGCUGGCAGGGACAGGGUCCUCCCCGGGGCCCUCGGUCUGGACACCGCUCUGGGCUGUGAGAAGUGUGAUGUGGCCACGGGCCGGGCCCUGUCAUGGCGGCUCCGGGAGGGCCCCCGGACGAGGUCCUGGGAAGCCCCAGUGAGCCCCCCAGCAGGCAGGCCUGGAUGGCCAGGCACGGGGGGCAUGGGUCCACACUGGCCUGACACACACCGGGAAGCACCGGGCUGGCUUCCAAGACCUGGUGCCGGAGAGCGGGAUGUCACGGCUUGUAUCGAUCACGCGUUGAACCAGCCUCGUGUUCCCCAGUUGGGUCAAAUAAAACACUAUGGAAACUCGC